GACCCCUCCCCCGCACCGACGUGAUUCGGAUCGCUCGGUGCUGGCGCCGCCCUCAUGCGCUCCGCCUGGCCCCUACCUGGUCCCCUUUCCUUUUCAGGUGGAGGAGAUGCCGCCGUCCCGUCGGUCUGGGACGAACCCAGCUCCCCGGAUCCCGGGCUGGAGAGGCGCGUCGCGGCCCCGGGGCCUGGUGGCACGGGCAGGAAGGAGGACCCGGCGGCGGGCUCUGCCUGGGCUUGCCUGGGCUUGUUCCGAGCCGGGCUGCUUCUUGGUGACCGCGCAAAUCGGGGGCAUUUGGAGAUUUUGCGGGAGUCCUGCAGCCAAGCUCCGGGGAAGGAGAGGCCUGGAAACCUGCACUACCUGCUCGCCCCGUCCCAGCGUGCACCCAGGUGCUGGGGAGAGGCAGGACAGGCCUGUCCCCCGAGUCCCCUCCGGAUGCCGUGGACCGGCCAGCUGUGAGUGUUUCUUUGGCAGUGUCUUAGCUGGUUGUUGUGAGCAAUAGUAAGGAAGCAAUCAGCAAGUAUACUGCCCUAGAAGUGCUACACAUUGUGGGGCCUGAGAGGGAAGAUGAGGCGAGAGAUGCCCAGACCAGUGGGAGACGCCAGGACUUUGGAAGCUCUUCUGCGCCACGGUGGGUGGUGAGGGCGGCUGGGAAAGUGAGCUCCAGGGCCCUGGGAGCAGCCUGCUCGUGGGUGCGGAAGGAAAAAGGCACAGGGGCUUGGUGUGGGCGGCUUUUGGCUGGGAGAAGUUUGCACGUAGGGAGAAUAGUAGCCAGUGUUUGCAGAGCACUUACUAUGCAGGAAGGCCUGUCCUAAGCAUUCUAAGUGUAUUACAUCAUGAACAAGUGUCUGUGAUUAGCCCCGUCUUGCAGAGAAGGAAACAGAAGUACAAACAGAAAAUGUAACUAAGCAUGCACUUAAUAAAAAGGCACCAGGUUUUGAACCCAAUCAAUCUGGCUCAAGAAUCUGCGCCCAGCCACUGGCUCCUGUUCUUAGAGAUGAACGUAGUGUCCUGGAGCCUGCUCCACAUUGUGACUUGAUCAUGAGUGUACGCGCUUCCUGUCCCCAGAGGACAGAUUUCCAGUGCAAUCAUAGAAAGUGCCUGUGUGGGCUUCAGGAGAUGUGUCUGCCUUGGGGAGAAUUUUCCUUUUCAGCUAGAGCCAGGCCCAGGAUGUUGACGUCAGUGAGACGCUGGUGACGUUCUCUGAUCCAGCGGCUGAUAAAAGUUUCUCCAAGACAGCUCAGUCUUGAGGUCCCACUGGCUUCACCUACAGAUGCCAACUUUGAGGCCAGUGAACUGUGAGGCCAGCUGGGCUGAUUGCCAUGGCAACAGGAAUUGGACCCAAGUCACUGGAGGAUGGAGAGGGAAGACACAGCGGCGGCUUCCCCAGGUCUUGGACCACAAGGCACAGCCGUGGCCUCCAGAAAGCCUGAGAGAACCCGUUAGUGGGUCCUGCACUCUGACACAGCUCACACAAUCAGCCUCUGGUCCUCGCCCUCCUCCCAUUGGUGUCGUUGUACUCUCUGACAGUGACAUUGAGCAGUGAGUGCUCCAGAUCUCGUUCUACUGAUUUUUCCCACUGUUCUCCAGUCUAGCGCUUUCCAAAAUUCAUCCAAACUUAAGAGGUGACGCCAAAUGUCAGUGGCUUAUACCUCAGACCCCAUGGACUAAGACAAGCCUCUGGGGUCCAUGUGUCACCAAGGAUGGGGUCUUCUAGUACCUUUCACACAGGCCAGGGAUAGCACCUGCUGUGACCCCCGCCCCCAGCCUCUGCUUCUUCUCCCAUUCCCCUUCCAGCCACUGCCCUGGGCACCUCCCCUGCUCCCACCCCCGUGCCUGGGCCCAUCUUUCUGCCUCACUGAUUGCGGGGCUCCCUAGCACUGGAGGGGAAGGGAGCCUGCUUCCAUUCUCACCACUCUGAAAGUCAGAGGCCCCGCAGAGAGGUUUUUUGGGAUUUGGAGCCUAACCUUGGUCUUGACACAGUCCGGCUGAGAAGGCCAUCCCCCAGUGAAGCCAGCCCUCCCUCCCUCUGCAGAGGAAACAGGCAGCUAGAUGCUUCAGCAAACGGGAAUUGUUCUUUUUUUCCUCAAAUAGACUGGAGUGCAGAGGACUUGCUUCAGAGAGAGCCCCUUUGUAACGCACAUUGCACGGGCCGUGCCCCAUGCCCACUCGGCCACAAACUCCCCUUAGCUGCCCAGCCCCGUGGAGCCAGGCGUGGGCUGAAGUGGAGCCAAUGAAAUGCUUGGAAUGCCAGCCGCAGCGACAGGCCAGCACUCAUGCCUCUCGGGAGUUCUGACCAAAGCAGCACUGAGGACUGCUUCAGAGAGAAGUCUACACCAUUUUCUCCAGUUUUAGGCAGAAGUAAAGAAUGUCUCUGCCUUCUCCCAACCAGCAAUUGAUUCAGAGUCCUGAGCUUUUAAAUGAAAGGACCCCUCUGUUGCUUUAUGCAGUAGCCAGCCUAUUCAUUUGAGUCCAGGUGAAAUCAUUUUCGAGUAAACUCUUCCUAUCCAGCUUUGCUUUUAGUUAUGCUGACAUAAAAACAAUACAAAUUGCCCUUCUCAGAGUUCACCUGUAAAAGUUCCUGGAUAAUUAGUAAGGAAACAGAAACAGCAGACAGUUGUUGCUUCAGAUAAAAAUGAUGUCUGGGCUGGGCAUGGUGGUGCAUGCCUGUAAUCCCAGCACUUU